GGACAUUAAAAUACAGGUUUAUGACCGGAAAUAAACUUUUAGAAAAAUGAAAAUAUCGGGAGUUUUCGAGAGAGAGAAUUUUCUUUUCUCUAUCUCCAGAUUCAUUGAUUUAUGUGAUUAUGUCAAGAAAGACGUAGAAAAAGCUAGACUCUUCCCUUUUUUUUUUGCCUAUAAAUAGACAUACUUAUACCCCUUCAGUUCAGAAUCAGAGAGAGAAAAGAACAAGCCUAAGAUUUUAGUUUUAGUAUUUGAAUCUUUAGAUCAAUAGAAUGGCAGAGGAAGUAGUAUUGCUGGAUUUCUGGCCAAGUCUGUUUGGGAUGAGAUCCAGGAUUGCUUUGGCUGAGAAAGGGAUUAAGUACGAAUACAAGGAAGAAGACUUGAGGAACAAGAGUGCUUUACUGCUGCAGAUGAACCCUGUUCAUAAGAAAAUCCCUGUCCUUAUCCAUAACGGUAAACCUGUUUGUGAGUCGCUCAUUCAGGUUCAGUACAUCGAUGAGGUAUGGCAUGACAAAGCUCCUUUGCUCCCUUCUGACCCUUACCAAAAAGCUACUGUAAGAUUCUGGGCUGAUUAUAUUGACAAGAAGAUAUAUGACCUGGGGAGCAGAGUAUGGAAGACAAAGGGAGAAGAGCAAGCAACAGCAAAGAAAGAAUUCAUAGAAAGCCUGAAGCUGAUAGAAAAGGAGCUUGGGGACAAGCCUUACUUUGGAGGAGAAAGUUUUGGAUAUGUGGAUGUUGCAUUCAUUCCGUUUUAUAGCUGGUUUUAUGCUUAUGAGAAGUGUGGGAACUUCAGCAUUGAAGCAGAGUGUCCCAAACUAAUAGCAUGGGCUAAAAGGUGCAUGCAAAAGGAGAGUGUAGCCAAGUCCCUUCCUGACCAACAAAAAGUCUAUGAUUUUAUCCUGCAGAUGAAGAAACAUUUUGGAAUUGAGUAAUUCCAGCCUUUAUUUAUGAUUUUAAAUAAAAUGGGGACAUGUAUGUUGUGCCUCCCCUGUUCUCAGUUCUUCUAUUUUUCGUUUUUCAAUCGAUCAGAUGGUUUGGGAUUUGUCGGUUGCAGUAUGUAGUUUUUAAAUUAAAGGUAAUCAAUACUAAACACUUGCUCUUAUCUUA